GCAUCACAGUUAUCCACUGAAGUUAUGUUUGUAAUUUUUGCUUGUUUUUGGUCAAAACCUCAACUAUGGUUAAUUUUAGAUGUAUGAAAUAUGAAGGCUGCAAAGGUUUUUAAAUGGAGCUAGGACAGGCGGUGGUGCAAACUGGCCUGAUGUUAAAUUCCCCCAACAAAAAAUAUAUAUAUUUGGAUUAUUUUUUAUAAGACUUUGAAUGUGGAAACAAAGUUACUUAUAAGUGUUUAAAUGUGGAAACAAACCAGGACACAGUGUUAUUUGCUUUGUAGGAUUAGGAAUCUAGUGUGCUAAACGUAAGAAGCACACAGGAAGGAUGACAGGAAUAAGCCGGGGCAGUGGGGUUGUACAGAGCAGGUGAGUUUGUGUUUAGUUCACCUGAUUUAUUUGUGCUACAGUGAACAAGGUCUUGCUUAUUCCAAAUACACAAAAGCUUGCAAAUUUUUAAAUGACUACCAGAACUCCAGUAUGUAUGUAAUAAAACCGAGCUAAAUGGGGCAGUGUGCAUGCUGCCCCACGAUUGCGCAAUGACCAGAUCAAUGGAACAUGAGUUUAUAUCUGUUAAAUAGAAAGAAAUUAACAUUUAUUUAAAUAGCAUUGUUUUUGUUUUUUCUUGGCUCACUGCUGAUAUGCUGUAUUUAUUGACUUUAUUUAUUGUGCCACAUUCAUGUACAUGGAAAUGAACAGUUUGGAAGAUGCAUAAAGGCUGGAAUGGAGAUGAAUAAAGGACUUUGAAACCACAUCCUGUAAAUGAAUUGGUGAUGCAUGUCCUGUGUGUGAGCUAUAAAUCUGGGGAUGGAUUAGCUGAGUUUUAUAGUGCAUAGUGAAUAUUUCACUUUAAGAUGCCCACCCCGGAUAGACAGACCCCCUCCUUCUCUCUCCUCCUCCUCCUCUUUCCCAGGUCACCUGAUUCUGCCAUUUUGCGCUGAGCAUCCGGCUCUGAAUUGGAGGCAAACGCUGGAGUUGUGCGUCUGUGCCAUCAGGAUGCUGAAAUGCUGAAUUUGCAUGCGUAAGGAGCUUGGUGUGAGACUGGGAUUUGGAACCUCAUGAAGCAGGCUGAAGGAAUCUGACAAUGAUACUGAGUAGCUAGCCUUAUCCUGAUCCUGAUCCUGAUCCUGAACGUGAUCCUGAACCUGAUCCUGAACCUGAUCCUGAACGUGAUCCUGUUGUGCUCUGCGGCUUGCUGAGUGUACCGGGCGUCCUUCUGCUGCUGCAAGCUUCACCUCAUCAACUCACCUGCAAGAAGGAGAAGGACAAGAAGGAGAAGAAAACGUAAAUCGUAACGACUGGAGCAGCAGUUACAUGGUUAACCGGCGGCGCGGGAGGGUAGCAGUCACCAUAGUGAUGUCCUAUUGCGGGUUGUAACGCAAGGGCUGCUUCAAUUAACCGCAUUUCGAUCGCUCCUCACUUUCGGAUCGUUUGGGGGGCUAUUCAGCGCGCGCUCGUUCGUCCUUGAUCGGCACGUCGUUCAUCUGAAUGUCAGCGCAUCCUGCCGAUCCCUGCACACAUCCAGUGCGCUCUCCACCCCUGCAGUGAAUACGUCCAUUGAUUGAAAGGCGAUCUCUCUCUCUCUCCCUCUCUCUCUCUGUCUCUCUCUCUUCACACACACACACACACACACACACUCAGAGGAGCUGAUCAUGUCGGGACAGUCCAUCACGGACAGGAUCGCCGCGGCGCAGCACAGCAUGAGCGGCUCGGCCAUCAGCAAAGCAGUGUGCAAGGCCACGACGCACGAAGUCAGCGCGCCCAAGAAGAAGCACCUUGACUAUCUGAUGCAUUGCACCAAUGAGCUGAGUGUGAGUAUACCUCAUCUGGCUGACACGCUGAUUGAGAGGACAUCCAGUCAAAGCUGGGUUGUGGUGUUCAAGACCCUUAUCACCACACAUCACCUCAUGAUGUAUGGCAAUGAGAGGUUCAUCCAAUACCUUGCGUCAAGAAGCACACUCUUUAACUUGAAUAAUUUCAUAGAUAAAGGGGCAUUACAAGGUUAUGACAUGUCCACCUACAUCAGACGAUAUAGCAGAUAUCUUAAUGAACGGGCAAUUUCCUACAGGCUGGUAGCAGUUGACUUCACCAAGAUGAAGAGGGGGAUUGAUGGGGUGAUGCGCACCAUGAGCACAGAGAAGCUGAUGAAGACCCUCCCAAUCAUUCAAAAUCAGCUGGAUGCCCUUCUGGACUUUGAGGCCAGCUCUAAUGUACUGACCAAUGGUGUGAUCAAUGGUGCCUUCAUGCUGCUUUUCAAGGACUCUAUCCGCAUCUUUGCUGCUUACAAUGAGGGUGUAAUUAACCUUCUAGAGAAAUAUUUUGAUAUGAAGAAGAACCAGUGUAAAGAAGCCCUGGAAAUAUACAAGAGGUUUCUUAUCAGGAUGACCAAGCUCUCAGAGUUUCUCAAAGUGGCAGAGCAAGUUGGAAUUGAUCAGGUUGACAUCCCAGAUCUCUCACAGGCCCCAAGUAGUCUCUUACAAGCUCUUGAACAACACCUGGCCUCUCUGGAAGGCAAGAAAAUCAAAGAGCUCUCCUCCAUCAACAGGGAUGAGAAACAGCAGGCUCAGGAGGCCGAGGGCAACAGAUUACAGCCUACAAAGGGAGUACAGCUCAAAGAUAUUGGCAUGCAGACCCCAACAGUGUCUCCCAGCGGGCAGUCCGUGGGCAGUGCCAACAGCAGCUGCACCAGUAGUGGUGCUACUGAGCUCCUCUCCAGUCCACCAGAUCUAUCCAUCACAAACGGUGUGCACAGUUUCACCAGUGAUCAUUUCGACCUCCAACACAACCUCACCGCCCCUGUUCCGACUAGCACCCUGUCUGCCAAUAACAACGGCUGGGGAGGACCCCUACUCAAGCCCACUUCACAGGUCCACGGCCAAGGCACACAACUCCAUAACGGAGGAAAGUUACUGACUAAUGACCUGGACUCCUCUUUGGCCAACCUAGUGGGCAAUUUGCACUUUGGAGCACCCCUGGCCAAAAAUGAAGUUGUUCCAUGCUUUCUCGUUAGGCCAGAGAUGCAGUGGACCCACCUGGAGAAGAAAACCACAGGAGGAUCUCACUGGCAGUCUAAAGCCAUGAGUGGCACCGCACCGUGGGGACACACACAUCUGGCCCCUGCCCCUAUUCCUGUGCCACAGAUGAAUGGAAUGAUUUAUACUGGCUAUGCACCAGCUCCGGUAGCAUUUCCAAUGACAACCCCCCAAGUGCCUGUAUAUGGGAUGAUCCCUCCUCCCAUGGGCCAGAUGAGUUCAGUGCCCUUGAUGGCACCCCAGCCUGUGAUGUACAACCAGCCUGUUCUCCGCACCACCAACCCCUUCACCCCUGUUCCUGGGACUCAGAUGCACUUCAUGUAGCGCUAAGGAGAGUGUCACACUGACAGUAGCGCCAGAGGAAAAACAUCAACCAACCCAAAACCAAAUAUGACAACGGAGAUGUGAGAAUUGGUUCAGAGACUGACAUGUUCAUGUGCCAUUUUUGCCCCUUGAGCUGUGUGUUUGUAGCAUCCCCUGCCCCGAGAGCAUAACAUAGUCCUGUCAUUUUACACGUUCUCUUUAAUUUCUUAAGUGUCAGAUCUAGUGUUUCUAGAUGGCCCUCUUAGAUGAUGUCACUGGCUGAAUGCGAAUGGAGUGACAAUGUAUAGUGAUUUGCGGUGGAAUGAAACAAUGUCAUGAUGUCAAGUCCCCUGCCCCUCUAUUUCCCCCCGGUCGGAGAGUUUGUUGUUGUAAUUGUGUGCACUUGAAUCUUUAAUGUUUAUAAUGUCUAAACCAAGCCACGGUUUUGUAUGCACAUUGCCUGAAUAGUGUUUCAAAUCAACCACUGUCAAUGUUGAUGAUCGUGCCACAAUUGCUGGCCUCCUGAAUUCUUGAGUCCUGGAGAAAUGUGUACAGGUCACUUUUGUACAUUUGUCUUGUCCCUGAACAUUUUGGACUUCACCUUACAAGUUGAAGCUGUUUAUGCAUACAGUAACUUGUAACAUUUCAUUCAGGUAUGGUUAAGGUAUGGCUGUAUGGAUUAAAAAACAAA